AUGUUCGCCCAGGCCAACAAGAAGUUCGUGGCGAAGGCCCCCCCACCGCCAACGAGCUUGGGCAAGCAGUUGUUCCCUUCCAGCAGCCCAACCUGCACCAGCGACAUACGGGAUCAAUUCAAGAAACCAAACGCAACUGGACAUGCGACGCAGUCGGCGAGGAGCGGGAGGGAAGCAGGGUCAAUGCAGGAUGGGGACCGGCCGUCGGCACACAAAGGAGCAAAUCACCAAACUCUCGCAGCUCUUUACAGCAACGCCAACAACGCAUUCAGCCAUAGCAAGAACGAGGUGGUCGACUUGACAGGGUCCGAUUCCCACUUUAAGGGCAAAGCUGAAGUCAUGCUGUUAGAGGACGACUUUAGCGAUGACGAGGAUCUGGAUCUGGAUUUCGAGGCGCCCUCUGCGCUACCUACGAUGCCGAAGAAAGCUCAGGCUGAAACAAAGGAGAACAUGCCGCCCCCUCCUACCCCAACACAACCCAUGGAAUGGUCGUCCUCGCCAGCCUCGCAUUGGGUCCCCCCACAACAAGCUCACGAGCUUGAGCGGACGGACACUCGAGAGAAGUCAAUGAAGCGAAAUUCUUCAGAAGAGGACAACUCAUUCGGGCUUCCCGCUCCGAAGAAGCGAGUCCUGCCUUGGGCGAAAGACGAGGAUAGCUUCUCGGUAAAGACACCUACCCACUCUUCGCGGAAAGAUUUUCUCGACCCUAGCGCUAGUGCCAUCAAAGAGCAGAAAUUAAAGCUGAAGAAUCAGCGUCAGCCUCAAAUAUCAGAACCCGGGAACGAUGGUGCGCGUGGUGCGACAGAGACUGCCAACGGCGGAGCCAAGACUACUGCCUUCUCACUCAGCAAGGAGCAGCGCAACGUGCUUGACAUGGUCGUCAACAAAGGGCAAAGCGUGUUCUUCACCGGUGCAGCUGGAACAGGAAAGUCUGUUCUGAUGCGGGCGAUCAUCGAGGAGCUCAAAAAGAAAUAUGCGAAAGACACGGAGCGUGUCGCAGUCACAGCGUCAACAGGUUUGGCCGCGUGUAACAUUGGUGGCAUCACGCUGCACAGCUUCUCAGGCAUCGGGUUGGGCAAGGAGGAACCAACGCAGCUCAUCAAGAAGAUCCGAAGGAAUCCCAAGGCGAAGAACCGUUGGCUCAAAGUAAAAUGCUUGAUCAUUGAUGAGAUAUCCAUGGUCGAUGGCGAAUUAUUCGACAAGCUGUCCCAAAUUGGGCGCACUAUCCGCAACAACGGCAGGCCUUGGGGCGGUAUACAACUCAUUAUCACAGGCGACUUCUUCCAGUUGCCUCCCGUUCCUGAUGGCGAGAACAAGCGGGACAUCAAGUUUUGUUUCGAAGCCAGCACAUGGAACACAUCCAUCGACCACACCAUCGGCCUGACAGAAGUCUUCCGACAGCGCGAUCCUCAGUUUGCAAAUAUGCUCAACGAGAUGCGCCUCGGGGAGAUCAGCGCAGAGACCGAGAGAGCAUUCCGAGCACUAUCCCGACCCCUUUCCUUCGACGACGGCGUCGAUAUGGCGCAGCUGUACCCCACACGAAAUCAAGUCGAGACUUCCAACGCAACACGGCUCCGUGCCCUACCUGGUGAAGCCCGACGAUACGAAGCGCUCGACUCAGGGGAUCCCAAAAUCCGAGACAAGCUCUUAUCGAACAUGAUGAGCCCCAAGACUCUAGACCUCAAAGUUGGCGCACAAGUGAUGCUCAUCAAGAACUGGAACGAGUCCCUGGUGAACGGCACCCUCGGCAAGGUCAUUGCUUUCUCAGACGAGAAGACAUUUGAGAUGAACGGUGUUGAUGAUUUCGACUCGAACAUGGACGACGCCAUGGCCAAAGCUCGCAGGAAGCUCAAGGGAUUCAGCCGUGACAGCGAUACAGAUUCUUCUGCCUCGAGUGGCCAGAUUCUUCCGGUCGUUCAGUUCAUUGACAUCGAUGGGAACCCCAAGAUUAUCUUGUGUCAGCCUGAAGACUGGAAGGUCGAGUUACCCAACGGCGAAGUCCAGGCGAAGAGGUCCCAGCUGCCCCUCAUUCUGGCGUGGGCUUUGUCCAUCCACAAGGCUCAAGGGCAAACGCUGGAGAGAGUGACAGUAGACCUGGGCAAGGUUUUCGAGAAAGGCCAGGCGUACGUUGCGCUCAGUCGUGCUACCAGUCAGCAAGGCUUGCAGGUGAAGAACUUCCACAAAAGCAAGAUCAUGGCCCACCCACGGGUUUGCGCCUUCUACAGGAAGCUCUACAGCGUCGAUGUGGCUUCUAGUAGAAUGGCUCCAGCAGCGCCCAAAGUAGCAGACGUGUUUGCGAGUCGGAAGGAGGCGUAUAGGGGUCCCAAGCAGCUGCCGCCGCAAGACGAAAUGGACCCAGAUGAGGAAGCGAUGAGAGAUAUGGGUUAUUAUUAA